UUGGAAGUUGAUUUUUAUUCCUUCUAUUUCCACCUUUAGAUUUCGGUUUAUAGGCUUUAUAUUUAAAACCGUCCAUGUCUUCUCUCUUGAAACGCAACUAUGUCGAACGAAGAACAUUUUACAAAGCAGAAGCUAUGGGGUGGUAGAUUUACAGGUGAAACCGACCCUUUAAUGCACGCAUACAACCAAUCACUCAGCUACGACAAAAGGAUGUACGCUGCAGAUGUACAUGGUUCAAAGGCCUACGCUAGAGCUUUAGCAAGGAUUGGCGUUCUUACAAACGAAGAAGCCGAUAAAAUACACAGCGGUUUAGACGCAGUAAAGAACGAAUGGGAAACUAAUACCUUCAAGAUACACCCACAGGAUGAAGAUAUUCACACCGCUAAUGAGCGUCGCUUGACAGAAAUCAUUGGUUCCGUUGCCGGAAAAUUGCACACCGGACGUUCACGCAACGACCAAGUCGUCACUGAUGUCAGACUCUGGCUUCUUGAACAAACAGCUUUAGUUGAGGGCUACUUGAAGGAGCUUAUUGGUGUUAUCAGUAACAGAGCUGAUAAGGAAAUAGACGUUCUCAUGCCAGGAUACACACAUCUUCAACCAGCUCAACCAAUUAGAUGGUCACAUUGGCUCUGCUCACACGCUUUCUCAUUCGCAAACGAUUUAGAGCGCCUCAGAGACCUUAUUCCUCGUCUUAACAAGUCCCCACUCGGUUGUGGUGCCCUCGCAGGACAUCCUUUCUCAAUUGAUAGGGAAACCCUUGCUUCUGAUUUAGGCUUCAAAGGCGUUAUCGAAAACUCUAUGAACGGUGUAGCAGACCGUGACUUUAUCGUCGAAUGGCUCAUGUGGGCAACUUUGACACUCACUCAUAUGUCCAGAUUCGCUGAAGAUUUGAUCAUUUACUCUACUUCUGAGUUUGGCUUCGUUACUGCUUCAGAUGCUUACAGCACAGGUAGCUCAAUCAUGCCACAAAAGAAAAACCCAGAUAGUUUAGAACUUCUUAGAGGUAAAAGUGGUAGAAUCUUUGGUCAAAUGACUGGUUUCUUAAUGAGUCUUAAGGGUUUGCCAUCUACCUACAACAAGGAUCUUCAAGAAGACAAGGAACCACUCUUUGACUGCGUCGAUUCAAUGAAAGCCAGUUUGCAAAUUGCAACCGGUGUUAUAUCCACACUCAAUAUCCAUCCUGAAAACAUGAAGAAAUCACUUGGAAUGGACAUGUUGGCUACUGACUUAGCCGACUACUUGGUCAGAAAGGGUGUUCCAUUUAGAGAAACUCACCACAUUUCUGGUAGAUGUGUCGCAUUCGCGGAAAGCAAGAAAAUCCAACUUUCAGAGAUUACUCUUGAGCAACUUCAAGAGAUUGACAGCAGAUUCACCGAGGAUGUCAUGAAGGUAUGGGACUUUGAAGCCUCAGUAGACCGUAGAAACGCCAUCGGUGGUACUGCAAGAAGUGCCGUCGAACGUCAAGUCAAGGUCCUCCAAAGUCUCUUAUAAGGGAACAUAUGAUUAAUUAAAUAAUCUAUCUAAUGUAAUUAAAAACGGG